UUUCACAAUCAGUUUCAAUUAGUUUUUUGGAGGUGUGUGUAAGAUCUGUCUCAUCACCUACGUGGCUUUUUUAAAUUUUUUACAUGGUCUGCUCGUCUGUUUUGUCAUAACUUGUUGUCGAUCGUGGUAUUUCAAUGUAAAAGAGGCUGAAAUGGCACAAGAAAGCGCGAAUCGUUUUUCCUACGAAGAAUUACAGGGGAUAGCAAAAUUUUUGCUUGAUAACACAACAUAUCGUCCAACAACUGGCAUAGUGUGUGGUACAGGACUUGGGGAUUUGGUCAAGGCUAUUGAGAAUCCACGUACUUUUCCGUACAAUGAGAUACCAAACUUUCCUGUCAGCACAGUUAAGGGUCACGCCGGUAAUCUCGUCUUUGGUAUUUUGAAUGGAAAACAAGUCGUUUGCAUGCAAGGAAGAUUUCAUUAUUAUGAAGGAUAUUCCUUGGAUAAGGUGACUGCUCCAAUCCGAGUUAUGCAUUUACUGGGUAUAAAAACACUCAUAGUUACCAAUGCGGCUGGUGGGAUCAAUCCAUCCUUUAAUAUCGGAGAUGUGAUGAUUCUGAAAGAUCAUAUCAACUUUCCGUCACUGGCUGGUGCAAAUCCGCUUAGAGGACCUAAUGACGAAAGGUUUGGCGAGCGAUUUCCACCAAUGAAUGCCGCAUACAACAGAGAUUUACAAAAACUUGCCAAGACAUCUGGCCAAGAACUAGGCUUUGGCAGUUUUCUCAGAGAAGGGGUCUAUGCAUGUGUGGGUGGACCUUCAUUUGAAACAACAGCUGAACUGAAUUUCUUGCAUAGGGUUGGAGCUGAUGCUGUUGGGAUGAGCACGGCACAUGAGGUGAUUGCUGCUGCACAUUGUGGCAUUCAAAGUUUGGGUAUUUCUUUGAUUACAAAUGCCGCUGAAUUAUCUUACGAUGCUGAAUCUAAAAUCAGUCAUGAAGAGGUCUUGGAAGUUGGGAAGAAACGCUCAAAAGAUGUUGAGAAACUAGUUAAAUGUGUUAUUCAAAAAUUAUAAAGGCUGCAUCAAGACUUGGUGGUUGGCACUGGUACUUAUUAAAAAUGGUUGGUUGGCCAAAUCUCAUUUAGAAAUUGGCCUGGCCCCAAAUUAGCCACCAAAAGAAGUUAAAAAUACCAGUGCAAGACACCCAAUCUGAAUGCAUCCUUAAAUCUUAGGAAUAUACUUUUAUACCUGACAAUAAAUGCAAUAAAAUUUUAAAUACCUUACCAUAAGCUGUGGCACUGUAAUUUAACAUAU